AUGGAGUCUAGUCAUCUGGACUAUGUUGCCCAAGCUUGUAUAGAUUUAACUGAAGCUAUUGAUUCUGUAAGCAGUGAAGCUGAAGGAGAUGCACUUAUAAUAAAUCAUAUCAAAAAAGUUUGGGCACUCGUCCCACCUGUAGAAGAUUUUAAGAAAAAUUUAGAUUGGAUCAAUGUAAAUGAACCAAUUUCCCUGAGCCAGCACUGUAUGGACAAAGUGGUUGUUUUAGAUUUUUGGACAUACUGCUGUAUAAACUGCUAUCACGUGCUGCCAGAUUUAGCUUAUCUUGAAAAACAGUUUAAACCAGAAAGUGGACUUGCUAUAAUUGGUGUACAUUGUGCAAAAUUUACAAAUGAAAAAAUAUCUAGCAAUGUAAUUGCAGCAGUUCAGAGAUACGAUAUACAUCAUCCUGUUGUUAAUGAUUUGGAUAGUAGUAUGUGGGAGACUCUAGGCAUCAGAUGUUGGCCAACUCUUCUUAUUUUAGGUCCAGACAAUAGACCAAUAUUCAUAUUAACUGGAGAAGGUCAUAGAAAUGAACUUCUUCAAUAUGUUACUGUGUCAUUACGACAUUUUACUUCUCGACUCUCAAAUGUUCCUUUACCAAUAUCUCUUAAUUCUCAUAUAAAAGCUAAGGAAAACAACACACUUUAUUUUCCUAGUAAGUUGGCAUUGAACCCGUUUUACCGUGGGCGAGGUGAAGAACCCUUCCUAGCUAUCUCAGAUACUGGCCAUCAUCGCGUGCUACUGACAGACUGCGCGGGAGUCAUUUUGCGCAUUAUAGGCGGACCAGAAUCUGGAUUUAAAGAUGGCAAAUUAAACGAAGCCCAGUUCAGCUCCCCACAAGGUCUGUGCUGGUUGUCUAGCACUGUGCUGGUAGUGUGUGACACGGACAACCACUCGCUGCGCGCUGUACACUUGGAUGAGGGCACCGUGGAGAUUCUAGCAGGAACUGGCACGCAAGCGCAAGGGGGGGAUCAAGGCGGUAAAUGCCUCGGCCUUCAAGCGUUGUCUUCUCCAUGGGACAUACUGCUGUACACCACACCCGAUAUGGAUAUGUCGGUGCGGCCGCUGCUGCCGCCGCCGCCGCCCGUGCCCGCCUCCACCGAUAAGGAGAAGGAUAAGGACAAGGAGAAGGAUAAGGAAAAAGAAAAGGACGAUAAGGAGAAUAAAGAAAAGGACAAGAAAGAUGAGAAACGUCGUGUGCUCUUGAUCGCAUGCGCCGGCUCGCACCAGAUCUGGGCACUGUUCCUUGACAACACUAUUUGGUGGAAAUACAAGGCUUUUACUGAAGGCACGUGCGCGGCGGUGGCGGGCUGCGGCGCGGAGGGCGCGCGCAACAGCGCCUACCCCGCCACCGCCGCCUUCGCGCAACCCUCCGGCCUGGCGCUGCGCACUGGCACCAGUCCCGAAAUAUUUAUAGCGGAUUCGGAGAGCUCGUCUAUUAGACGACUGGCGCUGUCUACUGGACAAGUGUCCACUCUGUGUGGUGGAGAUCGAAAUCCUAUGAAUCUGUUCGCGUUUGGUGACGUCGACGACAUAGGCGUGAAUGCGAAACUACAGCAUCCCUUAGCUGUCGCGUACUGCGAGUCCAAUAAAACUCUUUUCAUUGCAGACACGUACAAUCAUAAGAUAAAAAAAGUGGAUAUUGGACACCAAAAAGUCACCACACUAAAUCCAACAAUGAUCGAAACAACAGAUCCGACCAAAUUUAAUGAGCCCUCCGGCCUAUCCGCGAGCUCCGAUGGUAAAUACCUUUAUAUAGCAGACACGAAUAAUCACAGUAUCAAAAUCCUGAAUCUAGCCAAAAACGUGUGCCAAGAAUUCAAAGUACGUCUUCCAGACCCUAAGUUUACUGAACCCGAGAACUUAAUUCUAUACAAAAAUGACUUAUUCGUAAAUCGUAAAUGUGGAAAUCUAAUUAUAUAUUUCAAUGUGAGUUUAGACGCUGAUACGAAAAACGUUAAAUUCACGCCCGGAGCGCCCCAAAAUUGGCAUGUUUGUGUACGGGAUGAGAAUAACAAGGAUGUGACGACAGAUGAUUUUGAGUUCAUUGGUUGUUCCCACAAAGGCACUAAGCUCCCUGGACGAGUUGAAAUGAAACUAAAGAAUAGAACGGAUAAGACACACUACAGGCUAUAUUUGAGCUUCCAAACGGCUUUGUGCGACGUGUCCGUAUGUUUCGCACAUUCCUUCACAAUUCGUUCGACGAUUUUAGUAAGGGAUUCCGUUAAAAUGGUGGAAUCUUAUAAAAUCACGUGCAAAGUGAAUCCCGUUAAUCGUAACGAAAAGUCUGAUUCUGCUAAAACUUCG